AUGGCUUACAGAACCAUUUCUUCUCUGCUUCCUAUCCUCAUCAUCAUCAUUCUUGCAGUAGCUGGAGAAGCAGCUGCAGCUCGCAAUGCUCGGGAAAAGUCCAGCAUUGAUGAUAAGAAACAGCCCCAAUGGCUGGUUGGAUAUGAUGGGGUGAGCGUGCUCAUUCCUGGCAUUGGGCGCAUCACACUGCCACCAUAUGACAAAGGCAGCUUUGGAGAGCAUGCAGGUUCAUAUGGCAGUAACCCAGCUUCAAGUGGUCAAUAUAUUCCAGGUGGGGAUGAUAAUUUCAUUCCAAAUCCUGGAUUUGAGGUGCCAAACCCUGCCAAUAUUGGUGUUGUUAAAGCAACACCCCAUCCUUGA